UUCAGCGCUAUGUUUGUUUUUCUGCGACCUAAAAAAUGUUGUUUUUUCUUUGUCUCAUGAGAAUUUCGGCGAACGUUUCAAAGCUGCCCACCUGCCGGCGCGAGAGCCAAGUCGAGUGCGCGCCAAGCGCUCAUUGUCCUGUUGUGGAGAACUGCGCGUGCUCAACACGAUCCCUCUCCAGCUCUCUCGGCAUUCUACAUACAGACAAGUGAAGAACACAACAGAGCAAGAACGCGGGAGCAAAUACGGAGAGAGAGACUUUACCUUCAGACUUCCGCGUGAGGCUCCUGCUAGUGCUCUUGGCGCCCCCUGCUGGAGCGGGUGAGUGGGAUGCGAUGACCCUGUGCGGCAGGAAGGCGCUGACCCUGCUCAGCAGCGUGUUUGCCGUGUGCGCCCUGGGCCUGCUGGGCAUCGCCGUCAGCACUGACUACUGGCUCUACCUGGAGGAGGGCGUCAUCCUGCCCCUCAACCAGAGCACCGAGGUACGCAUGUCCCUGCACUCGGGCCUCUGGAGGGUCUGCUUCCUGGCAGAGACAUCUGCUGCCGAGCGAGAAUUUCCCACCAGUAAACCAGGGGAGGAGAAGGGCCGCUGCUUCACCAUCGAGUACGUCAUGCCCACCAACGUCCAGAUGACCUCAGAGUCCACCGUCAGUGUGCUGAAAAUGAUCCGCUCAGCCACGCCUUUCCCUUUGGUCAGUCUCUUCUUCAUGUUCAUUGGCUUCGUCCUGAGCAACAUCGGGCACAUCCGCCCCCACCGCACCAUCCUGGCCUUCGUCUCCGGCAUCUUCUUCAUCCUCUCGGGUCUAUCCCUGGUUGUUGGCCUGGUCCUCUACAUUUCCAGCAUUAACGAUGAGAUGCUGAACAGGACCGAGUCCAGCGAGGCCUACUUCAGCUACAAGUACGGCUGGUCUUUCGCUUUCGCCGCCAUCUCCUUCCUGCUCACGGAGACGGCUGGCGUGAUGUCCGUCUAUCUGUUCAUGAAGCGCUACACAGCCGAGGAGAUGUACCGGCCGCACCCCGGCUUCUACCGGCCGCGCCUGAGCAACUGCUCCGACUACUCGGGUCAGUUCCUGCACCCGGAAGCCUGGACGCGCGGCCGCAGCCCCUCGGACAUCUCCAGCGAGGCCUCGCUCCAGAUGAACUCCAACUACCCCGCCCUGCUCAAGUGCCCCGACUACGACCAGAUGUCCUCCUCGCCCUGCUGAGAUGCAUCCCUCUCUUCCUCUCUCUCUUUCACUCUCGCUCGCUCCCUCGUGCCCUCUCUACAUCUGUAGCUCUAUCACUUCCUGUUUCUCCCAGUCUAUUCUUCAUCUCUGUGUGUCUCUCUCUCUCUCUCUCUCUCCCAUUCCGCAUUGCACAGGUGGGGCCGGGUUGGACGGGACUGUUGGGAGAGUUGUGGUCUGGGAGUAUUGAAGUGGGGAGGUCAAUAGUAAAAUGUUCUAUCCCGCGAAGGCCGUUAGCAAGGGAGCGGCUGGCUCUCAUUCAGUAGAGACUUCCUUAAUGGGCGCAAGAGAAGUUAUGUUGACGUGUUAGCAGAUGGAGUGAUAUGUCUUCAGUCGUUGGUCAAACAUGGUGAUGUCAUGUGGCUAGCAAUCUCUUAGUUUCACCACCUCUAGCUACUUCCUUGCAGCUGGGUGGCUGGCUUCUUUGUAACAACGGAGGCUCUCACCCUGGCUGUGUUAAUAACUAAUAUUUAUUCUCACUCUGACACACACACACACACACACACACACACACACACACACACACACACACACACACACACACAUCUCUCUCUCUCUCACACACAUACACACACACACACACACACACACACACACACACACACAGACACACACACACAUAGACACGCACACACACGCACACAGACACACACACAGACACGCACACACACACACAAAUGUCCCAUUCUCAUCUUCUGUCCACCACAUUUCCAAAUACAAAACAGUUUUCUUGACUUGCUCAACACUGAGGCACUUUCGCGUUCCUGAAUACUUUCUUUUUUUACCUGCUCAUUUUUAGAAAUGGAAAAACAGCAUAGAAACCAUAUUUAGAUCAAACCUAAAACAAUAGAAAUGGAAAAACAGCAUAGAAACCAUAUUUAGAUCAAAACUAAAACAAUAGAAAUAUAUGCGUUGUGGGUCCAUCCCUGUGUAUAAUUCCUCUUAGGCUGUGUUACCUCUUUAGAGAGAUGGGGAUGAGCUUGUUUAGAUGUGGCCUGGCUUGGAUCUUCUCAUAAAGCGUAUUAACGGUCUUCUUUUUCACUAAUUAUAGUGUCAAUGAACCAGUGUAAAACUCUAGAAGCUGCUCAUGGGGAGGGGGGUACCAUUACCUGUGCUAAAUCUCCACAUUAAGUGCCAAAAGGCAAGAUGAUAAUAUUUCCUUAGAGUUUUCCUUAAGGCACUUUAAGCGGAGGAGUCCACAGCACAUUGGAACUAUUUUGUACUAACAUAGUAUUCUGUGUACAGAUAUAUUGGAUGAAGAAAGAUUAUAUUUAUUGAUGAAUAAACAGACGUUGGAUGUGAAUAUAUUUGGUUGUUGCUCACCGUUGCUUAUUUCUGUUAUCAUUACUUAGCCAAUGAUGUGUUUAGAAGUGUUUUUUUAUACUCUGUACUUGUCACUCGUGUGAUUAUUGUACAGUUUCUCAUUCUUUUUAGCACUUUACCAACAAUGCAUAGAUUGUUUAUUUUAUUUUCUGUUGGCUAAUUUGUAUAGUUUUGUCACACUCUGUAUCUCAGUUCUUGGUUUCACUAUUCUGUAACGGAUAUUUGAUUGCAAUGUAGAAAUAUUUAUUUUGUUCUGUGCAUUCAGAAUCAGAUACUUCAGUCCCCUGGUUUAGAAGUUGACUCUAAUAGCAGCCAUACUUUUCAGAAUGUAAAGCUACAUUUGUGGCACGGGUAGCUUGCGAUGAGAUUAUGUGCGUGUAAGAUAAUAACACAAGGACUUGUUAGUAAUGUACAAUUGACAUUCCAAAAUAUCCUUUUCUAGACUAUAUCCAGAACACUAUUAUAUAUAAUAAGAUGUAUAUUAUAUAAUCAAAAUCAUUUUCUAAACAAGUUCCCAUCUUCAUUUUGACUUUUUAUUCUGAUAUGCAGUAAAACAACUACAGUUGUGUGAAAGGUGGAUAUACAUUGUUACAAAUCUGUAUUUCAAAUAUAGAUUUUUAAAUCAAAAGUUUCUCUUGUUUUGAAAGUGAAGUUAAGUCAGGAUCAAUGCACACAUUUCCAUGUCAGAGAAUGCUGUGCUAAAUCAUUUGUUAGUCUACUAGCAUGCAGAUAGAAGUCAACUCAGUUUAUGGACGAAUAUUGAUCAUUUCUAAUAAUGUUUAUGUUGUGAACAUUGCCAUUUUUAAUGUUGUCUAGAUCUUGAAAAACUUUCCUUUGGAGGUGUUAUGUCUUCAUUUUUACAAUGUUACUGUAUAUGUUGAAUCAGAAAAUGUAUAUCUUAAGAAUCUUUUAUAUAGGCUGUUCAAUUGUAUGGGUGUAUAAAUUGUAACCAUUAUAUGUGGACAAAGUAGUAAACUGACAUCAGUCGACAUAACCUUACUGUCGUGAUAGCCUUUGCCUUUUUGCAUAAACAGAAUGUGAGCUUUUGCAUAAUGUUGUAAUUGAGAUUUCCGAGAUUAUCUAGAUGAUCUACCUGUCAGGAAAUAGCAAUGCAGUCAAUGUCUUUGUACUUUUACAGUUGAUUUCAUGACAUUGUCUAUGUGUCAUAAAUUCUGUUGACAAGAAAGUAAAAAAAAAACUCCUGUGUUUGCCAAAA